UACAAGUGAAAAUGAAUUCUAUAACGUUUUAUCACUUUUGUGUUGUGUUCACCCAAGUUUUAUGUUACCAACCUGUGGAAAAGAGACUUCUUUUAAACGACCCUGCUGUGAUUAUGAAUGAACUGAUCCGCCUACAGAAUACAGUAGCCGUACUGAAUACGACCGUUAGUCAGCAACAGUUACGGAUAUCACAACAGGACGCUAAAAUAUUUGUAUUAGAGAAGAACGUAGAUUCUGGGUCUACAUACACUAUUUGGGGACGGAAGGCGUGUCCAUCAUCUGCAACAACUUUGUAUUCAGGAUAUGCAGCAGGUGGUAAUAAUGGUCACUCCGGAUCGGCAGCUGAGAGUCUGUGUCUUCCACCCGAUCCUGUAUUCAAUCGGACGAAAAUCACAGAUGGAGCAGGCCACGCAAUAAUUUAUGGAGCAGAAUACUGGUCCCAGCAUUUUUUCAGUCCAAAUGGAGAGGAUGUGCCAUGUUCAGUUUGCCAUAGUAAAUCUUCUGCUGUCCUAAUGAUACCAGGGAGGAGUUCGUGUUACCAUGGAUGGAAACCAGAAUAUUACGGUUAUUUAGCAUCUGGUCAUUACACAGACGCUGGUGCAUCUUCUUAUAUAUGCAUUGAUAUAAACCCAGAGAAUUUGAAUGGUGGUGAAAAAGACAUAAGUGGGAGAAAUUUCUAUCCAGUCAUAGUUCAAUGCCAACCUCUUCAGUGUCCACCAUAUCACCAAAAUUAUCCCUUAACAUGCGUUGUUUGUUCAAAAUAA